GUCCCAAGCUCCACUCUCUCUCUCUCUCUCUCGCUCUCUCUCCAACGACCCUUCAAAAUAUCUGGCUCACAUUACCCCGAGAUAUUAUCUGCCCGAUGACGUGGCACCCCAACGACAGCACUGACACGUGUAAAAGCGAAGCCAUGUGGACCCUUUUUCGUCCCCGAAUACACCCUUCCCUCAACCGAACCCAGAACCAGAGGGUUUCUUCUCCGCCAAAAUUCUGAUCACGCACCAUGGAACCGGAGGAUCUCCGUCGCCGCUCGCAGCCGUUUUCCUCCGAUCCGAAGCCAUUGCCGGAGCUCGCUCGCUCCGCCUCCGCCUCCGCCUCCUCCGAUGUCAUGCUCGACAACGCCUCCAAACAUCUCUCGCGUCAGUCCGCGGCCGCUCCGCUUCUGCAGGAUGAGACCGUGCCUGUAAUUAGCCGUUUGGUUUCUAGGUCUUUUCAGCGCUUCUGCGCUUUGCUUUUCUGGUGUUUAAGCGCGCAAUUAUGCUUUGAAUUGCUUUCACCGGACCAAUCGACCAGAUGGACAGAUGAGAAGCACAAUCUAUAUAUUCGUUCUCUAGAGGCCUCAUUCGUGAAUGGACUGCAUCAUUCUAUGUUUUUACGUGGUUGGAGCUUAAAAAAUAGUACUGAUGAAACAUAUAAAUGUAGAAUUUUGCUAAAUUCACAUAAUAUGCCACCUAGGCAGUCUCUGGCUCUACAAGAUGGCUGCCAGAAGAAGAUCAACCUUGAAAGAAUUUCACCUAUGUUAGAGAGCACAGCUGAUUCUCAUGUUCUUGCAGGAAGUCAAUUUGAACUUACAUCUGUGGAUAGAAGCUGUAGUUUGAGAGAGCCUAAUACCUGCAAGCAUGAGUUGGUUUGUGAGGAGGAUGCAAGAGGGAGUUCAACAUUUACUGACAUGUCGGCAAGAAGUUUAGAGAAGCAAAGUAUUUGCUGCUCAUUCCACCUAGAUUUGGCUUGCAGUACCACAGAGGUCACCGAUCAAAACUUCAAGGACAAGGAAGCCAGGUCAAGCUGCAUGCCCAUGGUGAAAAGGCUGAAGACAGCUAUAGCUGAUGGUUCAAGCAGUGAUCAAGUUGGAAAAUUUCACACACCAGAUGUUUCAACCAGUAGUAAUUCAACCUCAUAAAAUAACGGACAUGAAUUGCUAUCAGAACCCCCAGAGAGCUACCAUUUCCCAAAGGCUGAUAUGCUGUACUAUCUAGGGGGAAGGUAAGUAUAUGCAACAUAGAAUUGAAGCCUCAGACUUUACAGUUGAUACUUAUACAAAUUGAGAGAAUAGACAAUCUGCUUGGUGCUCUUGAGAGAAUUGUGUAAAGGAAAAUCGAACGUGACAACUUUAUUCAUGUGGAAUUUAGUGCUGGUUAGGUUAUCCAAAGGUGUUUAAUGUAAAAGUGUAAGGAAGAAACUUUGGAUAGCAAUUUGCAUAGACAUAGUAAAAAUCUUGAUUUUAUAUGAAUUUUUGUUAGAUGAAAUUUUGGAUGAUUAACUAACUGUUUUGGUAUCCAAGAUUAGUAUCACAUUUCUUUAGUUUUAGCAUCCUCAAAUUUUCCUACAACAAUUGUACUUCAAAUAAUUGAAAAGAUUACAUUAUAUUGUAUUUAUCA